UACAUUUAUUCCUUUUAUGUAGCCGCACAAAAACAACUAACUUUAUUGUAUACAAGUUAGAUAGGCAGCCCAUGAUAUGCGGGAGCUUAAGUUGCCAAACCGUUGCACAUUGAUGAACUCAACAAACAUAUCGAGAGGAAUAGGGGUUACCCGGUGUGCUAUCUGAACAGGCAUCAUUAGAUUUCGUCACAGUCUGAGAUCGGCCACUUCAUCUUUUUAUUGCAUAGUAAUGCCCAACAAGGAAAUAUUCACCUGUUGUUGGCGGUAUCAGAUGUUUACAGCAAAACUGCUGGCGUCCUUAUUGGGUGUUAUCUAAGGACAGCAUGUUGUCUUCAAGAUCCCGCUCUCUGGAGCUCUCAUAAUCUCCGAAGACAUGGCAGGUGGUGCGGAAUAAUCCGGAACUAAUCAGGCGAGAUCAGACUUCCUUUCACUACGGAAAUUAACCUGGUUGUCACCGUGAUUAACUGUUGGAUUAGCAGAGGCAUCUGAACAUGCUUAUUAUUAGAACAUGCAUGUUUUGUUGUUACGAUCCGUACCCUUUACUUGUCUUUUUUUCAAUUUGUCAUUUAACUGUCGUUUUUUUCUCGUUGUCCUUUAUGCUCUGUGCGUUGCUGACCAGGAUCAGACAAAAAUGCGCAACAAGACCCUGCCAUUAUAAAAACUAUCAGAACAUUUAUACCAUGUAUAUAAUCUACACUCAUUUACGCUUUUCUCUCGUAUAACACUCUGGUAGCUUAGUUGUUUUAAGGGCACAGAAUUUUGUCCAACAUAACGGGGAAUCCGCGAAAGUGCAAUCAACAAGACCUGGUCACUGUCCUUGGUGCUGAAACGUAACCUGGUCUAACGCUUUCCUAACAAGGUUUUCCGGUAAGUUUGUAUCGUUUGAAAAUCCCCCAAAUUGUAUUUUGUAAUACUGAUCCAACAAGUCGUGGGAAUUCCAUGCUUGAUAAUACUUUCCUUGUAGACAUGUUGUAUCGUUUGAUGAUCUCUCAAUGCGCAUUCGUUCAGUCAAUAAGUCAACAGGAUGCACAUGCUGUGCUUCAUCUCCGUGGAACAGGAGGCUCUAGGGAAAACACAUCUAAACACCGCAGUUGCCGAGAUAACGCCACCACCCAGCUGUGAAACGUGACCAGUUCAUCCCCAUCUAAUUAUCUUCUACUUCAUACCCAAUUAUCUAAGGCACCUGAUGCAUUUCCUACCUUAAGAAGUAAGCUUCUUCUGGGCAGCUCGCGGCACAGACGGGCAGCUGAGCUGGGAGGGACAAGUGCGAGCCAUCUUCGUCUCUCGGCGGACUGCCACUUCAGUAGUGAAGUCAACAGGUGCAGAUAUGUCAGGGACACGAGCUUCGCUUUUGUGGCUGCUUGUAUUUUCCGCCAUCGCCAUGCUUUACGCGGAAGAAGUCAGUUCUCUCAGUAGAGGGGUCCGCCCUCCCGUGUCCGAACCAGACGGCGCGGUAGGAUGUUCCCUCCAGGCGAACCGUCCAAAGCCGGCUGAUCCCGAUGCCGGUAGAAGUAGGCAGAGACGGAGAGGUCUCCCUUCGAGACUGCCGCCGUUCCUCGUUGGACGAGUACCGCCAAGACGUUGGUAUCCCGAGAGCACCCCACACACGCACGGGACAUCGGCUGCAGCCAUCGCAGUGGGAGCUACCACGGAGCCGGUUGUAACCGAAAGCGUCGCUGUUGCAACGGAACCUGUACAGACAGUACACCCGGCCACGCACGCUGACAAGACAGAUCAACGGGAAAAGGGCGACGAAGAACAUGGCGAGUUUGCCGGUUGCGGGGAGCUGGAGAGCUGUGCGGGUAGGUGCGGUGAGUGGAACAGCACCUUCAACUGCCAGUGCGACCCCGACUGCCACGAGUUCGACGACUGCUGCCGAGAUCAUCACACCGAGUGUGGAACGACGAGCAACGUCACAGGCGGCGACCGUGGGCCUGUCAAGGUCAUAAUGGCGGACUCCUGCCGCUGGCGAUGUGAGGACGACACGUCAGACUGGCCCUGCUCCUGCGUGGCUGGGUGCGUGAGGGCCGGGAACUGUUGUGCUGAUCACCACCUUUUCUGCACGCGGAACGGCACAAGAGAGGAGGAACAUCCCGACGACAGGAAGCCCCUGAAAUGUAUCGGCACUCCCGGGUUCCACGGCUACUACUGGAUGGUGGCAACCUGCCCACCGGCCGUCCAGGACGCCACUGUACGGAAUAUGUGCGAGGGCCCGUCCGAUCCAGAUGAAGAUGCGUUGCGUCACCUGCCGGUGUUCGACCCCACAACAGGUACAUCCUACCGGAACCUGUACUGUGCAUACUGUAAUAACGCCACCAAGAAACUGUCGUGGGUAGGGUAUGUCAUGUGCUCCAUGGGGGGAACAAUACGGAGAAUGGUUAGUCGCCCUGUAAACAAUCCAUUCUGUGAUUGGGAAUUGGUUCCACGAGUCAUGGAGCGAUCUUGUGUACCAAGAAGCAUAGAUAAAAGCCCAAACAGCAGCUGUGAUAGGGACAGGUGUUUUUCUUACACAGCCAAUGUGUACCUACAUGGCCCAACUGGUGUCAAGAAAUAUCGUAACAUCGAUUGCGCUCGCUGUGCCUCCGCCAGCCUGUGGCCUAAUGUCACUUGCUUUAGCGAUGAGGCCUCCGAGUUGGAUCUUGGGUACGCCCGCGCACAAAGCAUUCGAAUCCUAUUCGACUUCUCCGAAAUGAGCAGAACUAAGACACAGUUGAACGACCGUACUGGGACUAGGUCAUGUCCUUUCGGCAAGGUGUACGAUCCAUUUCGAUUGUCCUGUCGAAGUCUCGUACAUGAUGAAAGUUUCAGACAUACGAUCUUCAACAUUACAGGCGCCAGAUUAGGAAAAAUUAAUACAAAAUCUAGACCCCCAAUAAAAGGGAAUAUGCAAUCUGACAACAGCGAAGAUACCACUCAGACGAGUGGUAUCUCUUUGUUACCGUCCACCAACCCAAUCGACUUCGGCAGACGCCCCACUGAGGAAUCACCGACAUACACUACAUGGCCAAAUGUCCAAUCCUUGCCCACCAUUAUGCUUCCUUUGUCUUGGACGGGGUACAGUCUUAAUCGUAGCGAAUAGUUCUUCCAUGCUCCUACUUCUAGUGUUUGGCUUAAUCCACACCCUGAUCGGUAAAAGCCGCCGGUCGCCAGGUUCUGUGUUACGGCUGCACCUGGUAUUGGCUCUCUUCCUGUUCCACGGCGGUCAGACAGCGGGGCAGGUUGUGGACUCCUCCGGGGGACCCUGGAAGAUGAUUGUUGCAUGCACAAUGCUGUUCUGCCUUGUUUCAAAACUUACGGCUACCAUCAAAUUUGGUGCAGCCUCCACGCGAUGUAGACCCACAGGUUUGUCCGCUACCACGGCGUGUGCCCCUCUGGUGCUCAUCUGGGCAGUGUCCGGCGUUGUUACCCUCACCGCAAUCAUCCUGUAUGACCCACAGCCACCAUGUUUCGGACCCUCCCACGGUCCGUUUGAUGGCGUUAUCUCUUGUUCUACGGCACCGUACGCGACUAUUACCUCCUAUGGCGGCGUCCUGCUCCUCAGCACCGCAGCCGACGUGUUCUUCACGUCAGCCAUCUGCCGCUCCCGUCUGACGACUCGGCGCCCGAAGUUGUCCAAGAAAGAACUAAUGGAAGCGUUUUGGAUAUCUGCUCUGCUGACUGUCGUCUUCACAUCCAACCUGAUCAUCUCUGCCUUCUCCUUCCAGACGGUGAGUUACGUGACGACCCUCGCUUCUUCCCUGCUCGGUAGCCUCGUGGCCGCCGUGUAUCUCUUCAACAUGGGGACAAAACAGUCGAAAAAGAAGAACCUGGAUGGUUGCAAUCAGGACGAAAAUGCCAGCUCCAUGGGAUCGUCCAUCUCCCUGGUUAGCUUCCGUCAAAUUGCACAGUGAAUAGUUUCAAUGCCUUUCAGGUUCGUCAUAUCUUACGACGUAGUUUAUGGCUUUUUGGUUAGUUUCAUGUUGGCCUUGCUUGGGGACAUUUGGACGCUGUUCACACCCACGGAAAUUUGUCCCAUAGUUGGUUCUGAUGACUACGGCUGAGGUCACCGGUCCCUAUAUAAGGGAUUGCCUCUAGUUAUACCUA